AGGAUGGAGCUCGGCGGUUCACACGGGCCUCUGCAGGGCGGCUCAUUCAGGGCCCAGGCAGGGGGCCUUUGUGGGGCUUCCAGGGCCACAAUUAGAGGCUCCUGAAUGGGCUGGCAUUUGUCCUCCAGGUCCCAAAGCUGCUGAGGACGAGCCGAGUCCAGGCGGCGAGGGUCGACGUCCGGACGAAGGCUGACGAGGACACGAAGCCGCUUCAAGCAUUUCACGUUAAGAAGAACUUUUAUUCUGUUCUGUCAGUUACAAGUCAGCGUGACGGUCUGUUUAGAAGAGAAACUCUACGGCUAUUAGCAGCUUACAAAUAUGUAAAAAUAACAAGUUUGUAAAUAAUACAAACAAAAAUUACCACAAAGAAACACAAAAUUCUACACAUACACACAAAAAUAAUGACAAAGAGACACAAGACGAUCAAACAGACACUAAAAACAACCACAAAGAAACACAAAAUGAUAAAAAGACACUUAAAAACAACCACAAAGACACUAAAAACAAACUCAAAGCAACAUAUUACUAGAAAAACACUAAAAACAACCGCAAUGAGACACAAGAUGACCAAAAAGACGCUAAAAAAACAACCACAAAGGCACAAAAUGACCACAAAAACACUAAAAACAACUAUAAAGAGACAUUUAACAAUCCAAAAAAUACAGUCAAAAUAACCACACAGACAGAAAACAACUACAAAGAGACAGAAAACAACCACAAAGAGACGGAAAACAACCACAAAGAGACAGAAAACAACUACAAAGAGACAGAAAACAACUACAAACAGACAGAAAACAGCCACAAAGAGACGGAAAACAGCCACAAAGAGACGGAAAACAGCCACAAAGAGACGGAAAACAACCACAAAGAGACAGAAAACAACCACAAAGAGACAGAAAACAACUACAAAGACACAGAAAAUAACCACGCAGACAAACUGACCACAGAAAGACACAACUACAAGCUGACCUCCUGAUCUGUUUAUGUUUGGAAGCUUUUAAUCAUUUUGUUCAUGUAUUUUUUACUUUUUAAAAGAACAAACCUGAGCUUACUGAUUUUCUGUUUGUUGUGUAAAAACUGCUGAUUAUUAAUCAUCUUAUUAAUGACCUCAUCUUCGUCCUCUUCAUCCCUGUCACUCAUCAUCAUCCUCACCUCUCACCCUCCUCCUCCAGCCACAAAAUGGCUGUGGGAGCGGCCCUCUGUGCGCAUGCUCAGCGCACCUCUGGCAGGGAGGGCAGGGCAGGUAUGUGCGGGCAGCGCGCGGACCGACACACACCGACGGUGCAGCAUGAGGCGGCAGGACGCACGAGGAGACACCGACUGACAGCAGCCCGCAUUACCGGAGCACCGGAGGACCGGAGCCUCUCUGGGAGUUUUUACCCGCAGCAGCGGCGCCGCCCCGGACAGGUGAGGGGAGUCCAGCCGCCGCCAGGUGCACUGAUCAGGAGUGCGCGCGGCCGUUACGCACCGGCGGGGAGAGUGUGAUGGGAACACUGGGAGCCUGAGCCGCCCCAGUCCGACACCGUAUCUCCACCGAGCUCCGUCCGCAGCUCCGACCAUGUUCCAGCACGGCAGCGGCAAGAAGUGCUUCACCAUCGAGUCUCUGGUCGGGAAGGAGGCGAGCGGCUCCGGGGACGAGCCCAUCCGGCCCACGGCGCUGCGCUUCCCGGAGUCCCUGCACCCUUCGGCCGCCGCCGGGGUGUUCGGCUUCCAGGGCGGCAGCGGCCGGACUCUGUUCUCCGCGGGGCCCGACAUGGUGCUGCAGGAGCCCGGGACGCACACGCAGGGCCCCGGCGGGCUGCCGCUGCACCCGCUGCAGAUCCCUCCGCAGAGCUUCUUCAGCCCGCAGCACCGGGACGCGCUGAGCUUCUACCCCUGGGUGCUGCGGAGCCGCUACCUGGGACACCGCUUCACAGGUGAGCCGCUGAGGGACGUCAGGAGCAUUUACUGCCGUUUAUUCACGGGGUUAUUCACGAGCUGUUUUCGUUUUUUACAGUUUUAUUUUUCACAAACGUUUAAAAAAGAAGCAGGAAAAUUAAACGAAUUUCUCUAAAAUCAUCGAAUUAAUUCUCAGUUUUUAAAAGAGUGUUAAUAGUUUUUAUUCUCCGUCAGCUUCACACACAUUUAACAAGAAAAUAAUUUAUUUCUCCUAAUCCGAUUUUCUGCAGUUAUUUUUCUGUUUUUUUAUUUUCUGACCUGAUCGCAGCUGAACAACACAGAAGCAGGAAAUCCAUUUACUGCGUUUAAAAAUCACACUUUUCUUUAUAUUCCUCAUAUUUCUGACUCGUGUUCUUCAGUGUUUUGUUUUAUUCCAUUUCGUUUGGACGGCGCCGUUUCAGCUGCUUUUACUGAAUUUAUUCCUGCAGAAUCUCAACUUCACACAUUUAUAAAAGGUAAAAUGCGACAAUAGAGCAGGAAAAACACCAUUUAUUACACGAAAACACCAUUUUCUCCCGUUUAUAUUAAGUUUAUUUGUAAUAAUUCGUUUAUUUCUCUUUUCCUUCUGCUAGUAUUCUCAUUAUUAACACAUUUAGACGCGGAUCUAAACUGUUUGUUUUCAGUUUUAUUUGAUUUUCUUGCAGAACUUGAGUCUUGGACACAUUUUAAACAGAAAUUUGAUGUUUUCCGCUGCAGUUAUUUUAAAUUUUAGUUUUUUUUUUUUUGUUUUUCUUUGUUUUUUUUUUACACAUUUCAGCUUGGAGCUCGUUUCUUAUUUUCUUCUUUUCUUCGCAUUUCUUAAAGUUUGCUGAAUCGGAAACAUUUUAAAUUAGAAGUCAUAUUUUUCCACCUAUUAAAAUGCAGAUAUUUCAUAUUUUCUCUCUGCUUUGGGACUUUUGCAGCUUUUUUUCUUUCCUGCUGAGAAUUGUCAGAAAACUUUGCUGCUAUUUUACUUCAGUCUGAUCGAGUUUCUCUGAGAUGUUCCUAUAAUUAAUGUUAAUUAUUAAUGUUAAUUAUUAUCAAUAAUCCUGCAUCUGCAAUGCUAAACUUCAGAUUAUCGAAAUGUUUCACAGAUUUCUGGGUUUUUCUUCCUAAAAAAAAGAAAGAAAAUGAAAUUAUUAUUAUUAUUAUUAUUAUUAUUAUUAUUAUUAUUAUUAUUAUUAUUAUUAUUAUUAUUAUUAUGAAUAAUGCUCCUACUUUCUCUUGAUUGAAUUUUGAGGCUAUUUUUUUUUAAUUUUCUGUCUUUUUUAAAACCAUUUUUUAAACUAAAUCCGAGGUUUUUGUGUCGCAGCAGCAGAAAGUCGCUCUGAGCUGAUUUUUUUCUUUUAGCGCCGAUUUAUUGAUUGAUUGAUUGAUUGAUUGAUUGAUUGAUUGAUUGAUUGAUUAUUGGAAGCAGCUGCUUUGAUUGAUGAUCAGAAAAUGAAAACGUUCAAUUUGUUCACAGAAAAACCAAUGAAAUAAUCUGUGGCUUAAAAAAAGCUCCAAAAGGUUUUUAAGAAAUGACAAAUAUUAAAACAUUUAAGACAUUUAAAGAAAUGUCGCAUGUGUAAUAAUAAAAAAAUAAUAAUAAAAAUAAUAAUAAUAAUAAUAAUAAUAAUAAUAAUAAUAAUAAUAAUAAUAAUAAUAAUAAUAAUAAUAAUAGAAGAAGAAGACCAUUAAACCAUGAGGAACAGAACAGAAUCCUUCAUCAAACUGGUAAUAAUAAAAAAUUUUAAAAAAAAUAAUAAAAGUUAAAAAAAAAAAAAAAAAAAGAACCACCACCAAACAAUGUACAGGUUACAGGAUAUUUAAGGAACUAUUUGCUGUUUUGUUUUUAAGUAACUAAAAUAAAACUAAAUUAAUUAAAUCAGUGUGGUGUUGUUAAAAAUAAAAUAAAAUAAAAUACAGGCCAAACAGACAAAAAGCAGAUACUUCUAAUGAAUAUUAACAUAAACUGAUACAAACUGAAAGGCAUUAAAAAUAUUUAAAGUUAUGAUAAAUUAAUUAAUUUAGUGUUUUAAAAGAAAGAAAUCGGAUUUAUUCCUCCGGCAGCAAACAGAAGUGAGGAUAAUUUCCUGACAGACAAAUGCAUCUUUAAUUUAAUGAAGGAAUAAUUAUAUAAAUAAAAAUGAACUCCGCUGGAAAAUAAUGAAAUAAAACCAACUACAUUUAUGGAUAUUAUUAUAUUAAGAUUUCUGUAAAACACUGAGAAAAAUAAGACACCAUGACUGAAUGUUUUAGAGGAAAAAAAGAAACAUUUAUAAAUUAAUUACUAUAAUAUGUAUUAAUGCUACUAACAAAAUGCAAAAAACAAAACAAAAACAGAAGCAGUUUGGAAAAUAAAUAAAUAAAAUGAUUUAAAACAUUAACUGUGUAUAUAGAAAUAAUUAAAAUAAUACACAGAUAUAAGUAAUAAAAUUAAAAAAAAUAAUAAUAAUAAAUACAAAGAAAAAAAUCUAAAUGAAACUCUUCAGAAAGUUUUUUUCAUUAAACCUCCACUUUUCAACAUGAAGCUGCAAAACCUGCACAGAUGUUCAGAUCAGACAGAUGUUUCCACAGCUGCCGCUCCGUCCAAUCACAGCCACGCGUUUUUCAUUCUGUCCAAUCACAGCCACGCAUUUUUAAUUCCAUCCAAUCACAGCGACACGUUUUUAAUUCCAUCCAGUCACAGCGACGUUUUUAAUUCCAUCCAGUCACAGCAACGUUUUUAAUUCCAUCCAGUCACAGCAACGUUUUUAAUUCCAUCCAGUCACAGCAACAUUUUUAAUUCCAUCCAGUCACAGCGACACGUUUUUAAUUCCAUCCAGUCACAGCAACGUUUUUAAUUCCAUCCAGUCACAGCAACGUUUUUAAUUCCAUCCAGUCACAGCAACGUUUUUAAUUCCAUCCAGUCACAGCAACGUUUUUAAUUCCAUCCAGUCACAGCGACACGUUUUUAAUUCCAUCCAGUCACAGCAACGUUUUUAAUUCCAUCCAGUCACAGCAACGUUUUUAAUUCCAUCCAGUCACAUCGACACGUUUUUAAUUCCA